AUGGCGAACGCAAGGCUGUUGACAGUGUUUGUAUGUUUAGCAAUUGUGUCAGGCUGUUUAGCUGUGACGCCGGUCGUCCUAUGGCAUGGCAUGGGUGACAGCUGCUGUAACCCUUUGAGCAUGGGCUCAAUAAAAUCACUUAUUGAGAAGCAAAUUAAGGGUGUAUACGUCAACAGUCUGAUGAUUGGCAGUAACAUUGUCACAGACAUGGAAAAUGGUUUCCUCAUGAAUGCCAAUGACCAGGUUGCCAUGGCAUGUGACAAGAUUGCCAAGGACACCAAACUCCAGGAUGGAUACCAUGCUGUUGGAUUUUCUCAAGGAGGGCAAUUUCUACGAGCUGUUGCUCAGAGAUGCCCAGAGCCACCCAUGUUGAACCUGAUUUCUGUAGGGGGACAACACCAAGGGGUGUUUGGGUUCCCGAGAUGUCCUGGAGAUAAUGAAACUUUAUGUGAUUAUAUGAGAAAGCUACUCAACAUUGGAGCCUAUGUGAGCUUUGUCCAAAACAAUUUGGCACAGGCGGAGUACUGGCAGGAUCCCUUUAAUGAAGAUGAGUACAGGAAGUACAGUGUUUUUUUGGCCGACAUCAAUCAGGAGAGGACAAAGAAUGCCACUUACAAGGCUAACUUACAGAAGCUGAAGAACUUUGUGAUGCUCAAAUUUACCCUAGAUGAAAUGGUUCAACCUAGAGAAAGUGAGUGGUUUGGAUUCUACAAAGCUGGCCAGGACAAGGAAGUUGUUCCCCUGAAUGAGACUCUGAUGUACACAGAGGACUGGCUUGGACUGAAGACUAUGGACACUGAAAAACGUCUUCACUUCCUCAGCUAUCCUGGCGAUCAUCUCCAGUUCACAGAGGAGUGGUUCAUUGCCAAUAUCGUCAAACCCUUCCUUACACAGUAGACACAUGACAAAAACCCAAAAUUUGUCAUCAGAAGUAUACUCGACCUUAAAUUAUCAAUUAUGGAAGAUCAGUUUCAGGUUCUGAUUCUAAGAAUUAAACUUGAUUUUAUGAGAUAGAAAAAAUGAUGAAAAAAGCAAUAGAGAUGUUUAUUUCCAGCAUUUUGAAAUUGUUUACUAAUUAUGAAAAAUGUCUUUUUACACAUGCGUGAAAAAACAUUAUUUUGACAUUAAUUUAUUGUAGUGUAUUCUAGGUCAGUAUUAUUGUUAGAAAACUUACAGAAAUAAUUAAUAAAUAAACAAGUAUGGAAUUAAGUUGGAGUCAAGGCAUUAUUGGCGUAUUGAGCAUUCUAUGUCAAUUGCUUAGGUAGACCUUUCAAUGCAAGGGAAAUGACUCACUAAUAUCACAUACAAGGAAUGAUAAGGGGAGAUAAUAUUCUCUGCAAGAGAAGUAGGAAAUUGUUUUUGUAAACAUCCCUGUGUAUUUAAUUUGAAGCUUUGCUUAAAACUUUAUAAAAAAGCUUUGGCAAAUUUUAUUCUGGAAAGUAUCCUCAAAAGUUUAGACUUUGCUUUAAGUACUACCACUCUAAAAAAUUUCAGUGAAAUGUAUGAAUAUUAAAUGUUUCUAAGAGAUUUGUCUAUGAAUCAAAUAUUUGUCCAUUUCCUCAGCUUAAGACUAAACUAUUCAUGCAUUUAUUGAUUGCGAAUUAAUUUAUUCCCAGCAGCAGAUGUUAAGUGUGACUGCAUUUUGAAAAUAAGCAGCAUGAAAGACCAUAUUUGUCUAUAUAAUGCAUUUUGAUGUUGUGAUAUAUAUAUAGGUGUUAAUUACAUAAUGUGCUAUGAUUGUUCUAUAUUGAAAUAAAACUAUUUUCUCCUAGUUCCAUGAGAAAUGUAUUAUCAUGCAAUAUAAGAUCUUGAUUGCAUGUUAUAUAAAGGAUGUUCCAUGAAAAUUCCAAAGAUGUUGAUUCCAUGUCUGUACCGUUAUUGACCGUAUGGUUUGGCUGUCUCCUGACUGGCUGUGAGAUUAUGUAAUAAGGUACAUAUCCUAAGGGAUAUUUACCAUAUAUUUUUUGCAGUAAGUCUAAGGCACAGACACAGUCAGGUAUUGGCACAUUAAUGAGCAAUAGAUAUGGGUGGGCUUAUAACAAAUAAUGGGCUUACUGCCAGAUAUAUAUGGUAAGUUUUCGUUAAUUAUGUACUUAAGUGAGUCAGGGACUCUCAACUGAAGUGUCUUGAUAUUAUUUGUAUAUAAGUAUGUUGCAAUCCAUGAUUUAUUUGUUAUAAUAAAUAUUUGAUUUCUAAUGAUAUGAAAAA